AUGAAUCAACGAACAACUGCUGCAGUUCGAACACCAGCCGGAUGUACAACACCGUUUGAAGUGGUAACUGGAGUAAGACAAGGGGCAGUGGCAGGACCUUUCCUGUUCAAUUUCGCAAUCGGCGACAUUAUGCGAAGAACAGUCGACCAGUGUCCUGCCGGCAUUGUCUUAGCACCAUCUGGGUGGCCCUACACUGACCUCGAGUACGCCGACGAUGUUGUUAUAUUCGCGGAAAGCAGUACGAAACUUCAACAUGUUGUCAACCUUGUAUCGAAGCUUGCUGCAGCCUACGGACUACGCCUACGCCCUGAUAAAUGCAAGCAGAUGUGGAUCUCUUCGAGACCCCGAGCGGGAAUCAGGGUGGACGGACAACCGACAGAACUCGCCGAUAAGUUCUGUUACCUAGGCUGUACGCUGAAGAACAAUGGCAGCUACGAGAGAGAGGUUCAGCAAAGAUGCGUUAAGGCCACUUCUGCAUUUAACUCCUUAACGAAAUGCCUGUGA